AUGGAUCGCUUGAUCCGCAAGAUCAGGCCUUACCUUCUUGCUUGGCUUCGCCGAUCUCGUUCUGUAUCAUUAGUGAGGCGCUUUUCGUACAAAGACAUAAAGAGGGCGACGGAUGGUUUUUACCGGAUAAUAUACAGCAAUUCUCAUGGCGCUGCCUACAGGGCUAGAUUUCAAGAUGGUGAGAUUGCGUUGGUAAAAGAAGUAAGAGACUCGAAUAAAGGAAAUGAUUUUUUUCUCAAGGAAGUUCAACUUUUGGGGCAGCUGCAUCAUCGCCACCUGCUUGCACUUAAAGGCUUUUCCAUAGGACAUAAGAGGUUGCUAGUGUUUGAUAACAUAGAAAAUGGAAGCUUGAAGGAACAUCUCAAUGAUCCUCUUAAAACUCCCUUGAAUUGGCAGACAAGGUUACAAAUAGCCAUCGGUGUAGCGGCUGCCUUGGAAUAUUUGCUUCUCUUCAGUAACCCACCAAUAUAUCAUGUUUCCAUCAAGGCAAGUAAUAUAAUGCUAGAUGAGAACUACAUUGCAAAGAUCUCUGAUGUCAGCCUUCUUAAUUCCGUUGGUGAUUAUGUGACAAUGCCUCAUUCCUCGAAUUCGGAAGAUUGUAUGGACCACACAUGUGGAAACUUAACAUUUCAGCUUGGCGUGCUAAUCUUGGAGCUGAUAACUGGUCAAUCAUCAGAAAAAGGAAGCACAGAUUUAAUCCAGUGGAUCCAAGGGUCCCGUUUUCGCAACUCAAUUCAGAAGAUGAUUGACCCUGAUCUGGGAAACAGUUAUGACUCGAAAGAGCUUAAAAAUCUUCUAGCUGUAGCGAGAUUGUGUAUAAAAUCCGGGGAUAAGCCAAAUUUCUCUAUUCCCCAGAUAUUUAGGUACCUCCAGAAGAAGGCAGAAAAUACAUUUAAUUAG